UACUGAGAUUUGUUCAGGAAUUUGUCUUCUGCUGCAGAUAAUAUUUACUAGAAUUCAGAGUUAGGUCGUGCAGUAAGUAGCAGGUACAGCACUUUUGACACAACCCGAACGUCUCAGUGCACGACAAAAGAGGUUUCUACACAAGAGAAAGACAUGGGCGCGAAUUCAUCUAAAACUGAAAUCGAAGAGGAACCGAAAACGAGCUUGAAAAGAAGACUCACAAUCAACACAAAUCGAACAGCGAAUCGAAUUUCUUCAGUUCUUCGCCGACCAUCUUCCAAGCGUGUUCUUACUGGUCCUCGACUCAGACAAACUAUACGACCCUGUGCAGACGCCUGCGAAGAGCAAGGAUUGUUGUCUGCCAUCGAAAAGUGUCAUCAUGCAUGUGUGAUGAAGCAUUUAAUCGGAGGAGAUUCCCCUGAUGUAGGAACAACAAAGGAUGACAUGCCUGUAAUUUUAGCUUGUAAAAAUCCAGAGAUUCUCGAACUUCUUUUAGAAUUCGGAUGCGACAUCAAUCGAACACCCAGAAGCGAUAGUUCUAUUCCAUCAAAAAGAACAGCUUUGCAUUUUGCUGCAGAGUAUGGGUACUUAACAAGUGUGAAACUCUUAAUUCAUUACGGAGCUAAUGUCGAUGCUCAUGAUGCAAAUAACAUCACUCCGUUAAUGCUGGCCUGGGACAAAUCGCAGGACCAUGUAGCAGAGUAUCUCCUGAGUGUCUACCUUCGUGACAAAAAAGCUGGCUCUUGGGGACACCAUGCUCUGAUGCAGUCGUGUCAGAAUGGUCAAUUAGAUUUUGUUCAAAUGUUAAUUCUCAAGGGACAUGUGAAUCCUAAUGCACAUGACCAAUAUGAUGGUUCAACGCCUCUGAUUGCUGCAGCUAAAAUUGGACAUAUAGAAAUUGUAAGGUUUCUUCUAACUCGAAACGUUGAUGCUACAUAUCGUGAUAAACUACGAAAUUUUACGGCUGGGGAUUAUGCAAGUGUCAAUGGACAUCGAGAAUGCUGGCUUGUAUUGCAAGAAGCCUCAGAAGAUCUUAAAGAAGAUGAAAUAGUGGUUGUUCAAACUGCAAAUACUCCCCAAGAAAGUGUCAAAUAAAUCUAAUAUACCUAAGUAUAUGAUACAAAACCUCUAAGAAUUAUUCAAAAAACACUUUGAAACAUAUUUACAUGUGCUUGUGUCCAUACAUGUGAUAUAUACAUCGAUAAUUAUUCAUGUACAAUCCUAUAAAUGUAUUUAAUUAUUUGAUAAUGGGAUGGAUUUGCGAAAUGACAAAUGAGUGAGCUAUAGUUAGCUAUUCAAAUCUGUACAUUUAGAGAAAAGACUUUUGCAUUAACGAAGAACGAUGAGUGAUUAGUUGGUUGGUUGGCUGGUUGGUUUCUUGGUCGAAUGCUGUAGUCCAAGAGACAAAGUAUAGCAUCCAGCCAAGUAGGGUUCGACAAAAGUCAGUUAUGUGGCUUAUCUACUCGUGUACAUGUGUUAUAUAAUGCAUUUUUUUUUCUUUUUGAUUGGAGUAUGUUUUAUGCUUAUUUUGACCUGCAAAUUGUAAAACACACACACACACACACACACACACACACACACACACACACACACACAAAAAGAAAACGAUAUCGAAAAUAAGUUGGGUUUUUUUUUUCAUCUUUUAUACAUCAAUUCACACUCAAAAUUAUACGGUCAAGCGGUGUUUUAUUGUUCCACUUAUUGUGAAUGUCUGUAGCACAUGAAUUAUAGAGCAAUAUUAUUUUUAUUUUUCUCCAAGAAUCCAAGUUCAGUCAUACUUUGAUCCCGGUGGCUUAGUACGUACCUUGUCGCUCCACUAGUAAUGGGUAUCGUGCUGAAAGUAUAUUUUGAAUACUGGAUUAGUCUAUAGACUAUAGCUGUAUCUCCUUCCUCUAGUAUAUUUCUUACCACACUAAUGUUGAGUGGGCAGUUGACUUCCAACAUAGAAUUUUUUUUUCAUUAUUAUGUCGUCCCAAACAGCAAUAUAAGGCCAGUUGCGUCUUAAUUCGGACGCUGUUUUUAUUCUUAGGUUCCACCAAUAUUCUUUUAACCCGCUAUUCUCAAUACGUUCAUCUUUAUUUGUAGCUAUUUCUUUCUUUCGUAUUCCAUUUCAGAUUGCUCUAUCUACAACAUAAUGCCAUUCAGUAAGGUAGUAUCUAAGGAAAUUCUCUCAGUUGGCAAUGACACGACAAAUGUCUUCCGUUUGGAUUUUACAUAGUCUACAUUUGUUGUCAAUUGAAGCCUUCUAAGUGUAUUUAGUGGGAAUUUCUUGCCGUGUUCUUGGUGUAGUUUAUUCCUUCUAUGGUCUGUGUUUUUCAUUCACUCUAAGUGAACUGGUAUAUUUUUUCAUCUUGAUAGGAUUAAAUAGGAUUCUCUCUCUCCCUCUCUCCCUCUCUCUCUCUCUCUCUCUCUCUUCCUCUCUCUCUCUUUCUCUACUUCCCUCUCUCUCUCCCCUCCCCCUCUCUCUCUACCUCCCUCUCUCUCUUUGUGUGUUCUGUUCAAUUUUGCGAUUACAAUUUGUUUAAAGAAUAUACAGAUCCGAUAAUUUAAGGUUCACACUUUCGGUGAUAUAUUCGGGACCACACAUACUCUCUUACUGAAACUUAUCACAUAUCAGUUAAUAUUCGGGUUGCUAUUACAAUGUUCCCUGUUCCUCCGAACUUGCAUAGUAUAUAUUACAUCCGCUAAGACUCUCCAAAUUCACGUGCCUAUCAGAUUACUGUGACUUAUGUAUUAUAGCUCUUCACCCUGCAAGAUUGAACAUAAACCUUUUUAAAGAAUUCCUCAUCCUUGGAGUUUCAACUCUGACCUCCUCUUCCUUGUCCACACGUUUUUCUAUAAAUGUCAACACGCACUCAUGAACCGUAUAUCUGAGCAGAGCAAAGUAAAGAUCUUUUAAAGUCUUGAGAACUGCCACUUUUUCCAGACUCCUGACCUUUUCCUUUAAAAACAUUCUUUCACUUUUGACCUACUUUGAUUUUAUUUAUUCGCGAUAUUUCAGUUGCCAGACCCGUAGGUUGCAUCUAAGGCACUGCUUUUUAACUAUUUUUAUACCAUAGUUCACUUCUCAAAAAACAACACGUGUAUCCCACCAUAAACUUACGUAUUCAGAAGUUUUAAAGUUUUAUUGCAAGUCUUUUUUCGUUUCUUACUUAUUUACGUCCCAUUCUGAAGUAAUCCAUUUUGAGAAACUCUGGUCUAGGGUUUAUAAACCCUAAAAUAUUCUGAGUAAGGCUAAACGCACAACCUUAUCUUGAAUUAAACAGUUCAUAACCUUUAUGUUGUUUUAUAUAAUACUUUCAGGCAAGCGUGUAAAUGUGUGUUUGCGCGUGCGCGUAUGCCUAAGUGUGUGUGUGUGUGAAUGAGAGGUAUUUCAGAGAAAGAAAUACGUGCAUGCAAGUCAAUCGUUAAGUUUCAUCAGCACAAUUUAAUAACUGGUCAGAAACCAGAAAACUACAAAUAACGUAAUUACGCGAUGUCAUGGUUUGUGUUUUUACAAAUAAACGAUAUUUUGAAAUAAACGCAGCGAAAAAAUUUGCUUUACGAAUAAAGUUUCAUCGAAAAACA